CUACUUUGUUAUCACAACGGUAAUCAGUUAACUCUGAAAUUCAACAAAUGAAUGUUGUCCCUUUUGGACAACUGAUUCAGUCCUAACAUCCUGCUCCCUUCGUCAACACUCCAUAAAUAUAGCAGAUGCCAAGGAAAUACAAUGAGUAACCUAGAACGGAGGUCACGGUCGCCAAGAAAUGAAAAGAUCGCUAUCUGUGACAUGUGUGGCAGCUGUUUGUUCAUAUCAAGAUAGCGUUCCUUCGUUUUGAAUCACACAGGGCCAGCUAUUCACCGCUGUCAGUCAGGGGAAGAACUUCGUGUAUUCAUUCCAAGUGGAAACACUGCAGAAUACAGUAUCAAUGGUCUCAGUGUCCUACUAGGGAGUCAUGAUGAAGAAGCGACAUAUGUCCUUGGCCUGUCUUCAAUCAUUCCUGUUGGCCUGAGUCUGUCCGGGUUCCCCCCAAACAUUGGCCCGGCAGGGACAGUGACCUUCCCCGCUUAUCAUAACAUUCCAAACCUGUCUGAAAUCCAAUAGAGACUUUGCGACAAGGAUUAAUAGCGGCAGGGUAUGAAAAAUUUUACAGGGAAAAUUGAGAAGAAAAGAAGAGAAUUCAAUGACAAGACUUUGGGUAUUACUAGAUGUUUAUUACCUUCAUAGACUUGCAGAGGUAACAAAAAUGGUGUGAUUUAAAAAAACAACAACUUUGUUUUCCAUUGAAGUUGGCAUGAACAAUUGAAUUUUAUACCUAUCCAUCAUGUAACCACUGGUGCACGGCGAUGGCAGAAAGCAAGACUAACACAACACUGGAUACUUAGCUAAGACUAUAAGCAUGUACACCUGUAUGACUGCCUUGUCUUCUGUAAACACAAGCAGUCUUGCUCUGAUUGGCGGUAUUAAAGUCUUAAGAGUUUAUAAGGAUCAUUUUCAGGUAGGCACAACUGGAAGUAACACCUUUCUAGUUCUGUUUGUGCAAGUCCUUACCUUGUUUACCAGGUAGAUCUGGGGCUUUGUUUAUGGCUUCUGAGUCAAGCCCUCAGGGCUGGUGGUUUGGAAUGGUGCCAAGUUAUUUGCUGUGGGUCUUCUUAGGGCAGCACCUUCCUAUAGUCACUGGUUUGGAGAGUGCAACAGACUUGACUACAGCCAAAAGUUUUACAUAACACUGGGCAUGUGAAUGCAAACUUCUGCAUUGUCAGACAAACUUAAUCUAUAUGUAGUAAGUACACUUCCCCAUGGAUCUAUGUCUAGGAUAGGAUCAGCUGCCUGGGGCUAAUUCCCACGCUGCAGUAGUUCACCUAUCUCCACCAUUUCAGCUGGGCUUGCUAGAUUUUCCCUACCCUGUUGUUUUGAGAAGAUCACUCAACUGGAGAAAGUAGCAACAAGUUUUUGGUAGUUCAGCACAGCCAGGGGUGCUGGCAGGUAUUUCUGAAAGCUGAUAACUUCUGCCCAUGUUUCAGGGUAUGACAAUAGAAACCAGGUGUAACAAUGGAUCCUGGUGGUGUGCAACCCAGGCCUGAUUCCGCCCUCUCUGAAAGAUACACGUACAUGUCCAAACUCAAGGACAAGCCCAAAGAGAUGCCACUCGAGAGCAACCCCCCUACGUACGAAGAACACGUGAAGCGUCGUACUGAUCAGAGCACCCCCUCGCCCACCAACACUUCCCUCUCGCUGGGCCAGGGGGCACCAGAGGGAAGACUUGUGCUUCAGGAUGACCAACAAAACAGGGGUAUUGAGAGUGAGGAGGAGGGAUACCUGAAGCCCACGAGUUCUAGGAAAACUGCAGCCGUGAAACCUGCUCCUAGAGUGGACGGAGGGACGCAGAUGGAGAUGGCUACGCUACAGAAUCUUGCCCAUGCCAGUAGGCCAGAGUAUGGACAGAACCUUGGACAAAAUGCUCUGACUAUUAUUCCUGGACAAGAUGAUAUGAGGGCUGGCCAGUUGCAACCUGUUCCCAUGGGGCUACUGCUUAGAGACAGACAAGGUGUGCCCAACAGCACACCUGCUGCAUCUGACGGACACCUGGUUCUCCGGCAGCCAGGAGACAGGAGAAGUGUGCAAGGUGUGGAGAAUGUAGCCUAUCAUCAGUACGAGGAGCUGCCCAAUAGGGAGGUGGACGUGGGGGGUGUGGUCCUGGGGGUGCGAGGACAUGGAGGGGGGUCUGACGGGCCACAGGAGUCCCCCUACGCACAGAUUGGAGACUUGGACAGGAGUUCAAAGAGAAAGCCCAAUCCUCUGUAUGUAUCAGGCAGACCGGCGCGGCGCAGGAGCAUAGAGAAGGGCUCCAAUGGUUUGUGCAGCAGGUGUCAGGACCAGUGGCGAGGCUACCUCAUCCCUGCUCUACUGUUCCUCUUCUGUGUGGUGGCCUUGCUGCUGGCCUUGCUCGCCCUCACUAAUGCAGUGUCACACCAAGCAGGUGUCGCUGAUCAGGGUGCAGACCCAGGUAGCACAGCUGCACAGACAGGUGACACCUGGAACACCUCAGUGCUGACCACCCAGCUGGCAGCUGCACUGGACAGGAUACAACACCUGGAGAUACAGAACCAACAGCUUGCUGCACAGCUCAGUGUCCUGGACAACCAGACCAUGGUCAGACAAGAUGACUUACAAAAUCAGCUGACUGAGCUGGAAAGGAAGCAGAACACGAGCCUCCAAAACUUGUCAAACGCAGUGGGAAGGCAGAACGGAGUGCUCCAAGCCACAGUACAGCAGAUAUCCACAGUGCAGGACACUCUGCAGACAGAACUCAGCCAGCUGAACUCCAGCGUGAUGGCUGAACUGGACACGGUCAGCAAGAUGGAGGGUCCGCAUGGGUUCAAUGGCAGCCAGGGGGCUCAGGGACCAAGUGGCCCAGUUGGUCCAGCAGGGCCGUCAGGAGUGUCCAGGUUAGACGACUGCGAGUUCUGGGACCACAGCAGUACGUCUGACUUCCUGGGACCUACAGAACUAGACUGGCUCAGGCCUGAAGCAAACCACACCAUGAUGGGUGUCCACUGUGCCACGGAGGGAGGGACUUACACACUCCUGGAGCACAGAGACCAGGGACAGGGGGUGUCGGAGUACAGAUGUGUUUGUUAUGGAGAGGUUACUGACAAAAAUCCAAAUAUUGACUUCCAAAGUCGUAAGUGUACAAUCAACUGGUGGAUGUGUCCCACUACGUAGCAUCACCUGUGUCAUUGCAAGACAGAAACACUUGAUUUACCAAAAUAUGCCUCUCCAGUUCCAGAGCAGGGUUCAGGGGGCCCAAGCCAAAUGGAGCCCAAUCCUAAACCACUUGUUAAUGACAUUAAAAGCUAUCUACUACUAAGAAAGAUGUCCAGGUCCAAAGAAGGAAGUUCUACUGUAGUACCAAGGAUAGUGGCCAGGAAGUCUAAACUUGACCUUGGUCUUCUGAAGACGUACCCACAAACCAAAUAUCAUCAUACUCCAUCCAGACCACAGAUAUCCGGAGCAAGACAGACAGAAAGGCACACACACACACACACACACACACACACACACACACACACACACACAGGAACAAUGCCUCCAUUUUCCGUGCAAGUCUUUAGAACAGUUGGAAGAAUGCUAACCUCAAAUGAUCCUUUCAACUUUCUGUUGUAUUAUUUUGCAGUAAAACAAGUGUCUUUAAAGUUUGAGUACACACUACAAUGAAGCAUUGACUUUGUAUAUAUCAAGAAUAUUGUAACAUUUUAUGAUUUACAAUUAUUAUUACUUGAAUUGCAAUAUGUAAAAAGAUUUCUAGACAGGACAGGCAAAGACAAACUCUUCCACAACAGAUACAAUGCAUGAGAUGUGUUUUUAUUAGGUCUUGAUGUUUUCUCGCCUGUUUGUUGCCAAGAAUUAAAAAAAAAUCACUGCUGGAAAGAGUAUUUCAUUUGCACAGCUAUCAGGGAGAAGUGUUGUUGCAUGUUAACUUGGCAGCCUGACUUACAGUUUGAUGUCAUGGUAUAUAUCAUGGUAUAUAUCAUGCCAAAGAGAAGCUGCAAGCACUGAUACCGGUAAACUAUGUUCUAUCUUACAUGUCAGAAACUGGUAUGUUCAACUAAAUUUCAUAUCCACAAACAUUUAAUGUCAAUCUUUCAAACUGCCAAGAGUUGAAUUUCUCAGAAUAUUGUGAAAAUAUCUGUCCUUAGGGAGAUGGUUACAACCAUUAAAUGUAACUCAAGACAGGCUUUAUUUGUGCUGUGCUGUUGUAGUCUAGUGAACGACGGACUAGGAAAAGACCUUCCCUGUUUAGAUUGAAGAGAAUCUGAGAGACAAAUAGGCUUACACAAUAACCAUUUCUUUCUGAAAGAAUGGCAAAUAUUAAAUAAGAAAUCUUCUU